AUGCGCUCAAUUCAGAGUGCAGCUCGUGUCGCUUCGCGCUCACUCCGAGCCUCACCAUUGCGACAAGGCCAACCCAAGAUCAAUCCCGCGGGACCGCAUCGGACUUUAUCGGCGCAAUGGACAACUGCUCGACUAUUGCACACGGUGCCACCACGAAAGGCAGCAUCCGCCUCCCCGGAGUCAACAGGAAAGGACUCCUCUAACCCGGCUAUGUCAUUCCCCUGCCUCGAUGCCCAAGAAGCCAGGUCCGCACAGCUCUCCGCGCGGUCGCUAGAAUCCGGCCCCGAACCCUCAUACACCACCGGCCAACACGAAUCCUUCCACUGCGACCAACCGCUGCUCCUCGACUGGGGUGGUGUACUCCCAGAGUUUGAUGUCGCAUAUGAAACAUGGGGCCAGCUGAACAGCGACAAGAGCAAUGCCAUCCUCCUACAUACCGGCCUGUCGGCCUCAAGCCAUGCCCACAGCACGGCCUCCAACCCCAAGCCUGGCUGGUGGGAGAAGUUCAUAGGCCCAGGUCUCCCCCUGGAUACCGACAAGUACUUCGUAAUCUGCACCAAUGUCUUAGGAGGCUGCUACGGCAGCACUGGCCCGUCAUCAGUCGACCCAUCUGACGGAAAGCGUUACGCAACCCGCUUCCCAAUCCUCACCCUAGACGACAUGGUCCGCGCACAAUUCCGACUCCUCGACGGCCUAGGAAUCCAAAAGCUGGCCGCCUCCGUCGGCUCCAGCAUGGGCGGCAUGCAGAGUCUUGCAGCCGGCGUCCUCUUCCCAGAACGCGUCGGCAAGAUCGUCAGCAUCAGUGGCUGCGCACGCAGCCACCCAUACAGCAUUGCAAUGCGGCACACACAGCGCCAGGUCCUGAUGAUGGAUCCGAACUGGGCGCGCGGAUUCUACUACGACGCGAUCCCGCCGCACUCGGGUAUGAAGCUCGCGCGCGAAAUCGCUACCGUCACGUACCGCAGUGGUCCAGAGUGGGAGAUGCGCUUUGGUCGGCGCCGCGCUGAUCCUAGUAAGCAGCCUGCGCUGUGUCCCGAUUUCCUUAUCGAGACCUACCUCGACCAUGCCGGCGAGAAGUUUUGUCUAGAGUAUGACCCGAACAGUCUGCUUUAUGUUUCUAAGGCUAUGGAUCUGUUUGAUCUGGGUCAUGCACACCAGUCCGAGACUUUGCGUCGGCGCGCUGAGUCUGAGGAUCGUAUUGCUCACGGUGGUAUCUUGCCGGGUGUGUCUGAUCCUUCAUGCAGUCUUACUCUCCCCGAGAAACCAUAUGAAGAACAGCCCAGCUCGACUUCCUCCGUGCCGCCUUUGGACAAGUCCGUCUCAUCUGAUCAAGCCGAAGGCCCACCGCGCGAUCUUGUCGCUGGUCUGGCGCCUCUGAAGGACCACCCCGUUCUUGUCAUGGGUGUUGCCAGUGACAUCCUGUUCCCUGCUUGGCAGCAGCGUGAGAUUGCGGAGACUCUUCGCGCUGGCGGAAACAAGAAUGUGGAGCAUAUCGAGCUUGGUGAUGAUGUUUCCCUGUUCGGUCAUGAUACUUUCUUGCUGGAUCUUAAGAACAUUGGUGGUGCGCUGGGCAAGUUCUUGCGCUAG